UCUGUGGAGCUGUGGCGGUGCCGGCUUCGAGCAUCCCUGCCCUGGCAGGCUGGGGGACUCCGAGGCUGCAGCUCCGGCGGUCAGCUCCGGAGAGGACAUGUCCAAUGAUGAUGAUGCUGCCCCCACAGCUGCAGAGGCAGCAGGUGACAUCCACCUGCUGGGCUUCUCGGAUGAGAUCCUCCUGCAUAUCCUGAGCCAUGUCCCCAGCACAGACCUGGUUCUCAAUGUGCGGCGCACCUGCCGGAAGCUCUCGGUCCUGUGCCUGGACAAGAGCCUGGUGCACACUGUGCUGCUACAGAAGGACUACCAGGCCAGUGAGGACAAGGUGAAGCAGCUGGUGAAGGAGAUUGGCCGGGAGAUCCAGCAGUUGAACAUGGCAGGCUGCUAUUGGUUGUCCGGCUCCACCAUUGAACACGUGGCCCGCUGUCACAGUCUGGUAAAGAUGAACCUGUCAGGCUGCCACCUUACCUCCCUGCGACUGUCCAAGGUGCUUUCGGCCCUGCAGCACCUGCGCUCCCUGGCCAUUGAUGUGAGUCCCGGCUUCGAUGCCAGCCAGCUGAGCAGUGAGUGCAAGGCCACCCUGAGCCGUGUCAGGGAACUCAAGCAGACACUUUUCACACCAUCCUACGGUGUGGUGCCCUGCUGUGCCAGCCUGCAGAAGCUGCUGCUGUACUUCGAGAUCCUGGACCGCACACGUGAGGGUGCCGUCCUCUCAGGCCAGCUCAUGGUGGGCCAGAGCAAUGUUCCCCAUUACCAGAACCUGCGUGUCUUCUAUGCCCGCCUGGCCCCUGGCUACAUCAACCAGGAAGUGGUGCGGCUCUACCUCGCCGUGCUUAGUGACCGCACGCCUGAGAACCUGCAUGCCUUUCUCAUCUCUGUCCCUGGCAGCUUCGUGGAGAGUGGGGCCACCAAGAACCUGCUGGACUCCAUGGCUCGCAACGUGGCCUUGGAUGCCCUGCAGCUGCCGAAGUCGUGGUUGAACGGCUCCACCCUCCUCCAGCAUAUGAAAUUCAACAAUCCCUUCUACUUCAGCUUUAGCCGGUGUACGCUGUCAGGUGGUCACCUGAUCCAGCGGGUCAUCAAUGGGGGGAAGGACCUGCGCAGUCUGGCCAGCCUCAACCUCAGUGGCUGUGUGCAUUGCCUGUCUGCAGACUCGUUGCUCCGUAAGGCAGAGGACGACAUUGACAGCAGCAUCCUGGAGACGCUGGUGGAGUCCUGCUGUAAUCUGCACCACCUCAACCUCUCAGCUGCCCACCACCACAGCUCCGAUGGCCUGGGCCGCCACCUCUGCCAGCUCCUGGCCCGCCUCUGCCACCUGCGUUCCCUCUCCUUGCCUGUCUGCUCCGUGGCCGACUCAGCACCCAGGCCUGACCGUGCGCCUGCCCCGCCGGCAAUGCAUGCAGUGCCCCGUGGCUUUGGCAAGAAGGUGCGCAUCGGGGUGCAGGCCUUUCCCAGUCCCUUCCUGGGCCAGUCAUCCACCCAGCCUGCCUCUGUGUUCUGGUCUCUGCUGAAGAAGCUCCCUUUCCUGGAGCAUCUGGAACUGAUAGGGUCCAAUUUCUCCUCAGCCAUGCCCCGCAAUGAGCCUGCCAUCCGCAACUCCCUCCCGCCCUGCAGUCGGGCACAGAACGUCGGGGACUCAGAGGUGGCUGCCAUUGGCCAGCUGGCCUUCCUGCGGCAUCUGACACUAGCGCAGCUGCCAGGCAUGCUGACAGGCUCUGGACUGGUGAGCAUUGGCCUACAGUGUCAGCAGCUUCAGUCUCUGUCUUUGGCCAACCUGGGCAUGAUGGGGAAGGUGGUGUACAUGCCUGCUCUUGCUGACAUGCUGAAGCACUGCAAGCGGCUGAAGGACCUGAGGCUGGAGCAGCCCUAUUUCAAUGCCAACGCACAGUUCUUCCAGGCACUGGGCCAGUGUUCAUCUCUGGAGCGCCUGUGCCUGGUGUCUCGAAGUGGUACCGUGCAGCCGGAUGCCGUGCUGGCCUUUAUGGCCCGUUGCCUGCAUGUUGUCGUGUGUCACAUGUUCACUGGAGAAUCCCUCACCACCUGCAAGAGCCUGCAGCAGUCACUCCUCCGGAGUUUCCAGGCUGAGAGGCCCGCAUUGAACGUCGUCAUCUUCCCCCUGCUCCAUGAGGGCCUGACAGAUGUCAUCCGAGAUGUCCCCAUGGUGCACCUGGACGAGAUCACCUUAUUUAAAAGCAGAGUGGCUGAGGAGCCACCGAACUUGUGGUGGUGAGAGGGCUGUCUGGCCCCAGCCCCGCCACUCCUGCAGCAGAGCCUCUUCAUGUCUGAGUCUCCACAAGGGUCCAAGAAACCAGGAGAGUGGGUCCUUGCUUUGUGACAGAAAGAAAGAGUUUGUGGUUGUUCCGAGGCAUUCACGCCAGUCCCCCAGGUUCCCUCUCUUUCUCAGGGGUGUGCUUGGGCAUGGUGACUAGUGAUGAGGUGACCAUGACCGAGAGCAGUGGACGAGCCAUCCUGGCCUUCAGGGCCUGGCCACACUCCCCAGUCCCCCCACUCACUUUAGUCUGGGGACUGUCCCUUUGUCCAUGGUCAUCUACAGUUGAGCUCAGUCAUGUGAUUGUGUCUACGUGGGGUCAGUGUGGGCCGGGCUCUCACUGUGACCUCCCCAUGAUGACAUCUGUGAGCCUUUGGCUCCUUUCCUAUUGACACAUUAGGGCGUGGUCUAAUGUGUGUGUGUGAGGCCCUGGGUUCCAUCCCCACCCCAAAAAAGAAAAUGUUUUAACCCAAUGAUGUCUCUGGGAUGUUUUCAGCCUAAUGAUGAUGUCUGUGCCAGAGGGUCCCCUGGGCAGGAACUGUGGGAUGGCACCAUUCCUGAGCUGAGCCUGAGGAGCUGGGCCUGUAUCUCGCAAGUGCUCACUUCUCCCUUCCGUUCCUGGACUUCUGCUUAAAAACUCGAGGUGCUGUGGAGGUCUGAACGCUUCCUGGGAAGUCCGCACCCUCUGGCCUCAAUAGAAUAGCUAAAAUCAGUGAAAGCCAGAGUGGGCAUUACAGAGAUUCACUGAGAGCCGUGGGUACGACUUGAGUUAGAGGGUGUGCACGGACCGUCGUUUCUGACCCCAGCAUCUUCAUGGCGGCUCACACCUGUAAUCACAGCAUUCAGGAGGUCAAGGAUAACUUGGGUUAUCCUCAGGUAUAUAAUUGAGGUAGAGGCUAGCAUAGGCUACUUAAGACCCUGUCUUAAUCUUGAUAAACAAACCAAAAAAAAAGGAAAGAAAAGGGAGGACCCAGUGUUUGUGGCCUCACCCCAUUCCUCACACUAGUGAGACUGAGAGUCAGUAACCCUAGAGGGGCCUUGUGAGAGCUGUGGUUGGAUUGGUUCAACUAGACUCCUGCCUGGGCCUCUCUUGGUGAAGGGUCACCCGUACACUGUGGGCAUUGAUCCAGGUAGCUUCCAGUCGGGACACCCCAGUCCAUGGAGGGCCAGCAGGCCUCGCGUGCUGCUGUGACCUUCACAGACUCAGCCUGCCCUCUCCCUGCCCCUUCUUGGCUACUGGUCCUCCGAAGCUGUGGUCUCCUUGGCAACUGGUCCUCCGAAGCUGUGGUCUCCUUGGCAACUGGUCCUCCGAAGCUGUGGUCUCCUCAGCUUCCCUUCUUGGUAAGGAGCGAGUGAACUGGCCUCUGGGCACAUGCCCUGUGGUCUCAGGCGGGCUGUGCCUGGCAGCUGAAGCCUGGGGAGGCCUGGGGCCUUCUGACCUGGCUCUGGGUACAGCAUUAGGGAAACUGCCCUCAGGCCCAGGCUCUGCCUGCCCCCUGCUGUUCUAGCCCCAGUGUUUAACAUGGUCUGCAGUGCCAAGCCCUCCCUUCUCAUCCAGUCUCUUGCCUGAGGGAAUCCUCCCUCUCUCCCAGAGGGAUCCUUCUGUCUGUAGGCUGAUCCCAGGGGAUACCCACCCCAUCCCCGCAGCCCUUGCCUUCACAGAACGUGCUUUCUGAGAGCUGUGAGCCUGUCUUACCUUUUCCUGGCAUUGCAGGCUAUGAGACCGGCUGCCAAGAUUCCAGGGCAGACUGAGGGCCCACACAGCUGUAGACAAGGGUCCCAGAGGUGGUGGAACUCCUUCCCCAGUUUCUGGGUGUGUCUUUAAAGCAUUAAGCUUGCUGGGCGGUGGUGGCGCAUGCCUUUAAUCCCAGCACUCGGGAGGCAGAGGC